AGCUGAGAGGCCUACAGUGUCAGUCUCGGUUCUGCCAUGUUCAGUUUGUGUCAUACGAGAAGGAUUGAAGGAUUUGGUCCUGCUCUGCUCUGCGGAACGUUCAUGUACUCUGCAAAUUGAUCAUCUCGUUUGCUUGGGACAACACUCUGUUCUGAACACCUGCUAGGCUUUCUCCGAACAUUUAGUGUCAAGAGACAUAGGAUCAUCUGAACGCUGUUGUCAUUACGAAAUUUCAAACAAGUGUAGGCCAUCAUCUUGGUGAGAGUAUUGCUGAAUUUUGAAUCUUCCGUGAGUCCUCUGUGACAUGCUGCAUUGAGCUCUAGUGUCAUAAUAUUCCAAGGCUUUAGCGAAGACAAGGUUGAAAGGGAGUACCGACGUGUUGGGAUUUAACAAAGUUCCUGAAAGUACUCAUUGAUAACGGCUUAGGAUUGUGGCAUAGGAGUUGAAGGAAUUCCGUGAUUUUUAUGCAAUAGUUCGUGCAUUUCAUUCAGUCGUGAACCAUAACGAAUCAUGCCUCCGCAGUCGACUGCGAAAUUUAUAGUCAUGCCAGGGAAGGUGAUGAAGAGUACCCCGCCAACAACACCACCGAGAGAGGAGGCGGAGCCGCAGAGCAUCAGCAAGCGAUCUUCAUGGAAGACAUCCCGAAAGAGCUCCUCCAAAAUCACGCCCAAGGAGCCUUCACCGACGCAGGUCUCGACGAAGCAGACCAGAAAGUCCAAGUCUAGGGAGACAUCUCCCACCAAGGAACCACUGAAGUCGUGUCUUAAGAAGCCAUCGAAUGGAAAUACCUCGCCACUGUCGCGUCACAGCGAUGGCACACAAAUGUCAAUGCCAAGCGAGUUCACUGAUAGCUUGAUGGAUCGAAGUGGUCCUCUGAAAGAUGUCUACAACGAGAGCCCCAAGGACGUACUCGAAUUGGCUCACCGCGAGCAAGAAUCUGCGCAGACGUGGUCCGAUGAGACUGAGGACGCCAAGCAGAUGCAAGGCACGGACGCUACUACCAACGCCGCCCGCCGGCGCCGGGAGAUUCCGGUGGCGUUCAUUGAGGCAUUUUCUCGUGACGAGGAGUCCGUCGCCGACAGCCCACACAUGGGGCCGUACCUUCUAAAGCUCGCGAAAUCGUAUGCCUCCGGCGAAAAUCCUGUAAAAGCCUUGGAGUAUUGCAUCCGCGCCGUAAAGUUCUACGAGCGACAUGCGCAACAGGAAAAUCUGCUGGACCUGGUCAUUAGCCUACAUAUCCUGGCCGCCCUGCAUUGCCACCUCGGGCAAUAUGAGGACGCUAUUGCGCUCUUAGAGCGCUCUCUCACAAUCCCCGACCUCGAAAGCGGCGGGGAAGAGCACGCCCUUGCGGCAUUCAGCGGGCACAUGCAGCUAGGCGACACCUUCAGCAUGGUUGGAAAAUUAACUCCAAGCCUGCAAUCCUACCACCGAGCUCUCGACAUUCAGAAGUCCAUCCUUGGAAAUUUCGACUCUCGAGUUGCGGAAACUUGCGUUUACGUUGCUGAAGCGCACAUGCAGGCGUUGGAGUUUGCCGAAGCCAAGGAGCUUUGCGAGCACUCUUUAAUCAUCCAUACGAAGCACUGUGAGCCAGGGUCUGUGGAGGAAGCCUCCGAUCACCGGCUCCUGGCUAUCAUCUUCAGCGCUCAAGGAGAGCACAGUAAAGCUCUGGAGUCCCUCGUCUAUGCAAACGACAUUUAUGUCAACUUCGACCACGAGAUGGAUGUGGCCACCGGGAACCAGAGUAUAGGAGACGAGCUCCUCGCUCUUGGCCGGGACUCCGAGGCCUUCGUGUGCUUCAGCAAAUGCGUAAGCGACUUCAAGAUGCUGCGAGGUGAUCACAACGCCCUCGUAGCGUCAGCGUACACGAGCCUUGCGGACCUGUUCUUGCGCACUAACAAUCCCAAAGAAGCGAAGGUCCACUGCCAGCAUGCGCUUCAAAUCUAUGCUAAACAAGGAGUGGGCCAUAUUCCCGGCGAUGUGGCGUAUGGAUUGGUGAGCAUCGCAAGCAUUCUUGAGCAAUUGAACGAGAAAGAGACGGCUCUUCUUCUGCUUCAGCGGGCGUAUAACAUUCAAGACAGGAUGCCAGGUCAGCAAGCCACAGUAGCAGGAUUGGAGGUCCAAAUUGGGAUUCUUCAGAACAUGUUGCGCCAAUUUAAGCCCGCCUUUCAAUCUUUCCAAAGUGCCAUUGCGAAGAUGAAGAGCGGGACCUUGCGAAACUCCCCUCUGGUGGGUUUAGUGAUAAACCAGAUGGGGAUCACCUCCAUUGAACUGGGUGACAUACCACAAGCAGCGCGUUACUUUGAGGAAGCCAUGGCCGUCAUGGAAGGCACUGCUGGCCCCCAGCACCUGGAUACUUUGGAUGUGUGCAACAAUCUGGCAGGCACAUAUGUCCACCUUGGACGAACGGAGGAGGCUCGGGAACUUCUGGAAGAGGUGGUGAGGGUGAAGGAGGAGAAGCUCGGCGCAGUGCAUCCAGAUGUUGGCGAAGACCGGGCUCGGCUCCAAGCAUUGCUCUCCGAGUCUGGGCGGUCAACAACGUAUAAGAGGUCACGGAAGCUCGUGGAAAUGCUAACGUCUGCGAGGAAAACUUUCCAUACGUCCAAGUGAAAGAGGUUUCUGUAAAGUAGAGGAAGAAUGGUGUACAGCAGAAAAGAUUUCAUAAGCUUGUAGCCGCCUCAAGCUGUACAUAGAUUUGUUACAUUAAGUCGUGUAGAGGUUUGUGAUGAUUGCACUCGUGUGAGCGUGGAGCCAGCUUUUAGAGUCUGCAGAUUAGAUCGUUGCCAAUUUACUUUUGAGAGCAAUUGAAACAAGCUCCAUUGUCAUGCCACAGAUUUUCCUUUGGUUGUCAGCGUUUAGGAGCAUCGGUGUUGCUCAUCUGUUACAAUACGAGAAUUACUGUACUAUUUAUGGAACUGGUGGUAUUAGUGACGCGUUUCUCCAUUUUGUUUAGAAAA